GGGAGGGAGGCGGAAAGGCAGCAUCUCUCUCCUCGCCAUGGAGCUCACCAUGGAGAACCUCAGCAACAUGCACGGCGUCUCGCACGCGCAGGCAGCGGGCGAGCUGAUGAACGCGGCGCACGCGCGCCCCUCGCCCGGGCCGCCGCCGCACCACCGCAGCCUCGUGUCGCACGGGCGCUCGGCCAUGGUCUCGAGCAUGGCGUCCAUCCUGGAGGGCGCCGGCGAGUACCGGAACGACGCCGCCGCGCUCACCGGCCACUUGCACGCGGCUGCCAUGAGCAUGUGCGAGCCGGGCAUGGGCUUGUCCAGCACGUACACGACGCUCGCGCCCUUGCAGCACCUGCCGCCCAUCUCCACCGUGUCGGACAAGUUUCACCCGCACCAUCCGCACCACCCGCACGCGCACCACGCGCACCCACACCACGCGCACCAGCGCCUCGCCGCGGGCAACGUCAGCGGCAGCUUCACGCUCAUGCGCGACGAGCGCGGCGUCCCCGCGGGCGGCCUGGUCAGCAACCUGUACGGCCACCACUACGCCAAGGACGUGUCGGCCAUGGGCGCGCCGCUUUCGCCGCUGUCCAACGGGCUGGGGGCGCUGCACGGCUCGCAGAAUGCGCUGUCCGCCGCCUACGGCCCCACGAGCGCCACCGGUUUCGAGCCUCACGCGGCCAUGCUGUCGCGCAGCGAGGAGCACCUCGCGCGCAGCCUGGGCGGCGGAGGCGGCGGCGGCGGCGCCAGCGUGGCGCACGCGCACGCCGUCCUCUCCAACCUCAACGGCAUGCACCCGCACGGGCACCUGCACGCACAGGCCGCCAGCGCCGCCAUGUUGGCCGAGCGCGAGCGGCACGCGGUCGGCGGCGUGAGCCAAAGCGGAGGCGGCGGAAGCGGAGGAGGAGGGAAUCAAGUGGAGGAGAUCAACACGAAAGAGGUGGCGCAGCGGAUCACGGCCGAGCUGAAGCGCUACAGCAUCCCGCAGGCCAUCUUCGCGCAGCGGAUCCUGUGCCGCUCGCAGGGGACCCUGUCCGACCUGCUGCGCAACCCAAAGCCCUGGAGUAAGCUCAAGUCCGGCAGAGAGACCUUCCGGAGGAUGUGGAAGUGGCUGCAGGAGCCCGAGUUCCAGAGGAUGUCCGCGCUCAGGCUGGCCGCUUGUAAGAGAAAGGAGCAGGAGCAGCACAAGGACCGCAACCUGGCGCCCAAGAAGCAGCGGCUAGUCUUCACCGACCUGCAGCGGCGCACGCUCAUCGCCAUCUUUAAGGAGAACAAGCGGCCGAGCAAGGAGAUGCAGAUCACCAUCUCGCAGCAGCUGGGCCUGGAGCUCUCCACUGUCAGCAACUUCUUCAUGAACGCCCGCCGUCGUUGCGUGGACCGCUGGCACGAGGACCCCAAUGCCAGCCCGGGCCAACCAGGCACCUCCGCCACCACAUUCUCCAAGGCCUGA